AUGAAAAAUUAUGCCCAAACAUUUCUUUCGUUUAUUGGAUUGCAACAUAAGAAUUACCCAAAAAAAUUGGGGGAGAAGAUUUUUUGUUACACAAGAAUCACCUUAACGUGCACCGGUUGUAAGAAGCAAAACAAUAACACAACAUCAAACUGUUUAAGAGAGUUAACUAGACUUGAAGGAAUUCUUCCAUCAGCUUAG